ACUAACUGUCAGAUGAUGAAAAGUAAAUUUUGCUAGAAUAUUGUGUUGACGUUUUAUGGCAAAUUAUUUUAAAUUAACACCCCAUAAUCACAACUUGCACAGCUGUCAGAGAUGUUUUGUUAAAUCUGGGAACGGUCUAGAGAUGACCCAAGCGGCGCCGAUACCCUCGGUGCCUGUCCAGGUGUACGGGGACCUGGUGAAGGAACCUGUCAGUACCUUGCUCCCUGAAGUCUUGGAGCCAUGUCAGAAGUCUGAGGAGCCACCGUCGCUACUAGAAGAGUUGACUUCGGUAGAACAUCUGAUGAUCACGAAGCGUCUGCGGGUGAAGAGUGUGCUGUUUCUUAGGGGCAAGAGGAACCGCUUCCACGUGCGCACGCCUGACAGGAACCUAGUGUAUACCGUGGAGGAGGAGAACAGCUGGUGGGUGGGCUACUUCUGCUACGGUCUUCGUCCCCUCCAGCUCCGCGUGUGCAAUAGUAUGGGCGCGGAAGUUCUGCGCGUGCUUCGGCCCUACGCCUGCACGCCGCGAGUCCUGCCCUGUCAAAUGCAACACCUCCAAGUCUUCAGUCCACCUGAACAUCUCAUAGGUACUAUCGAGCAGCAAUGGGCGGCUGUCAGACCGAUAUAUCUGGUCAAAAAGGCGAACGGCGAAGAGGUCUUUUGGAUCCGCGGUCCGUUUAUUACCCUGAGUUUAUUCCGUGACGUGGAGUUCUGCAUCGCGCGUGCUGACGGCGCCCCUGUCGGCAGCACCUGCAAGCGUUGGCAAGGCUUGCUGCACGCCAUGUUCUUCGCUCCUAUCACUGACAGAUUUAACGUCGAGUUCGACCGGAGUCUGUCAGUGGAGGAGAAGGCACUGUUACUUGCCGCGACGCUGCUCAUAGACUACAUGUAUUACGAUGUUUGAUAUAAAUUAUUCAUAUAUUAUUGUUUUUAU